UACAACGAAUAAAUAUAUGUAUCAAUACAUCGGCAUAUCAGCUAUGGUGUCUCCUUUGCUUAUUUUUAUCAUAUCAUAGCGCCUGCAGCAACUUUUACUGCAAUGUUUAUUUUUCCAGCUCCUGUUGAAAUAUUUUUGGCAUGUUUUUACUUUUACAACAUUGCAUUAUCAAUUAAUGAGGAAUUAUGAAAAUUGUUUAUUUCCCCUCAUCUUUACUAUAAAAUGGUUAACAUUUCAAAAUAAAAUACAUAUCAGUGACCGAGGUUCAAAAAUCAUCAGGAGUACAGUGCAGAACAAUGGUGUUCCUAAGCCUUAUCCUCGCGUUGCUGAUUCCCACCGCGCUGAGCUAUGACGCUGCUUAUGACAGAGUUGAUGCAAACAAAGUGCUUGCCGACGACACCUUGUUCAGAUCUUACAUAGAUUGCUUCCUCGACAGAAAACCAUGCACCGCUGAAUUCUCUGAGGAAUUUAAAAAAAUUCUACCUGAAGUUAUUAAAGAAGCAUGCGCUAAAUGUUCCGAACCGCAAAAGAAAAACGUAAGGAAGAUUGUUAAAGCACUUUACGAGAAAUAUCCCGAUGAUGCUAUCCAAUUCACGGAGAAAUAUGAUCCUAAACGAGAAUACGAAACUGCUUUCGCCGCGUUCGUUGCUGAAGAGUAAAUGGAUUAUUUAGACAUUACAAAGUAUUUAUUGCCUGUAAUUUAAAAAAAUGACGGCAAUAAAUUAUUAAUCGCUGUCCUAUAACGAAUUAUGGCUAUGUUGUAUUGUGUAAUUUUAUGAUCACUUAAUGGAGCAUUACUUAA